AUGAAAAAAGAACGUCAAUCUUUACUCUCAAAUGAACCUUUCAAAAUAGGGGACAACCCUUACAAAGCCUAUUUGGUGCUGAAACAACCUCAAUUAGAUGAACCUGAAAAGGCCCAAUUUGUUCAUUAGCUUAACGAAUCUACCGUAUAGGCAAAGGACCAAUAGUAUUAAUUCAGUGGAGUCUUCGCAAACAAGAACUCGAAUGAAGACAUCUACAAGGCGGUGUUUAGGGAUUUGAUUUCGCAUUUCUUGGCUGGUGAAUCUCAUAUGAUUUAGAUCUUGGGGGAACGACAUUCUGGAAAGGCUACUCUAGGUAUUGGGAAUAUGAGAAAUCCUGGACUAGUGCUUCUUAUUAUGCAAGAGAUCUUUAAUUUUAUUGAGGAGAAAUUCCUGGAGAAUAACAUCACCAUAAAAAUGAGUGCAUUCGAGUAUGAUGAAACUGGUUUCAAAGAUUUGUUGGUCUUGGAUUCACAACCCUUUAUGCCAGUAUUUUAGAAUGGCCAAAAUUAAUUGCUUGGGAUUCCAGAAGUCAUCAUAGACAACUACCUCCUAGGGAUGAAAAUAUUAAGAAUUGCUAUGGUCAAUCUAAUUAACAAAGAAUAAAACAUCCUGAGUCAAAAAUUUGUAGACAGACACAAAAGAACUAAUUUAAUUAUUGAGUUAAAGGCUGAGAUCAGUCCUAAUGAUGAUAUUAAAGAAUAAGUGAUUAUUUCCAAACUCAAGAUAGUUAAGUUUAGCGGUACAUUUGAGUUCGGAUAAAUAUAUAAGACGAUGGCUGAUCUGACUACCAAAAGACGAAAACACGUAGAUGUGCCAUUCAAAAGUGUAGAAUUGUUAGACUACUUCCGAGACUAUUUGUUAAAUCAAAAAUAAACUGUUUUCAUAUGCAUAAAUAGCGAUAGUGUGGAGAGUGUUAAAUUUGGAUAGCUGAUUGGAUAAAUAAUGAAUAAGUCUCAAUUCUUGACCUUCUCCAUUUAUUAACAGAAUGCUCAAUUAAAGGAUAUUAUGAGCAAUUAAUAUGAAUCAUUAAAUUUGUUCCAUAAAGAGUUUUGUCAAUACAACGAGAGUAAAAAGGAGAGAGGCAAGAUCAUAUUUAGCAUUCUGAUUGGAAUGGCGAAUCUCUUUAAAUCAAUGUUGAAAUUAUUUGAUCAAGCGAGUGAAAUCAAGUAUAAGUUGAAUUGUUUAUAUUCUCAAGUUAUAAGUUUUCAUUGUUCCAAAUACAAUAACAUUAUCAAUACUGAAGAUUGUAAGGAAUUCUAUUUGGCCAAAAUUCAAUUGUAUGCGAUUGAACAAGUGUAAACAGUUGAAUCGACUUGUUAAACUUUGGCAAUAGAGCUCCUUAAUGAUUUAAUUCUGAAGAAUCAGCAACUGAUUAAAUUAAGAAAGGAGAUGAUACAGUUUGGCAAACAAUUUAACAAGUAUCAAUAAUUAUCUUAGUAUGAUUUACAAAGACUUAAUAAUACUCAUUAAUUAGUAACAAAACUGUUGAUUAUUUUCGAUCAACGAUUAGGCUAUAACAUCCUCAAUCAGAUAGAUCUAAAAUACUAUCAAAUGUUCGACAAUGUGUUGGACAUCGCUUCACUCUAUAAAGAAGAUGUGUAGAUCUAAAAUUAGGAUGCUCAAAACUAAGUCUAGACUUAGAAUUUAAAAAAGCAAACCUAAUUGAAUACUACCAAAUUCUUUAAGCCCACUUUACCUAGCAAGAAAGAGCCUCCCUAGAGACAAAGAUUUACAGAUGUGGUGUAGCAGUUAUUCCAUGAUGAAAACACAAAGGAGUAUUAUUCAGCUAAGUCUGUGUUUGGGUUGACGAAAAUCAAUGAUCAACCUCAGAUGAGACAGACGGUGAAAUCGGAACUAUUUGAUAAAUUACAAUCUCGGCAAACCAAUAAUAUCAAGGCCAUAGUGUUGGAGGAGCAGAAGUAUAGGUAGAUUUUAGUGGUAACGUGUUUAGGUUCUUUAGAUCAACAGGAGUGGGAUUCAUCAAGAAUUCAUACAGAAGUGGGAGUCUGA